AGGGUCAGCUGUCUGUGUCCAGUUCCCUCCCCUCCAUGGCUGGGAUAGUUGACCCCUCCUCCAGCCCCCUGGGGGCCACAUCCACAGAGGACUCUGAUGAAGAGGAUGAUGACGAAGAUGACUCAGACCUAGAUGACUGGGAGCCUAGCGCGCCACAGGCCUUUACACCACACAACCUCUGGUGCGAGGAAUGUAACAUCUCCAACACAUCAGUGUGUGUGAAGCAUGGUGCCCUCCACCCCAUCCCUAACCGUCCAGUGGUGUCCCGGGCACGGGCCAGCCUCCCCCUCGUUCUCUACAUAGACCGCUUCCUAGGGGGAGUCUUCUCCAAGAGACGCAUCCCCAAGAGGACCCAGUUCGGCCCCGUGGAGGGACCCCUGGUCAGACAGGGACAACUUCACGACCACUACAUCCACCUCAAGCUGUGUAUGCUGGAUGCAGACAAGGACAUGGAGAAGUCCGAUGACAUGUGGGUGGACCUAUCUGACGAGGACAUCUGUAAUUGGCUGAUGUUUGUUCGGCCCGCCCAGAACCACCUGGAACAGAACCUGGUAGCCUAUCAGUGCGGCUCUGAAAUCUUCUACACAACCAUCAAGAACAUCAGCCCAAACAGGAGCUAA